AUGGACUACGAGGCGCUCAAAGACCAAUGGUCGGACAUUGAAGACCGCGACGGAAUCCGCCUGUCAUGGAACACAUUCCCAUCUUCGCGCAUGGAGGCCAGCCGGCUGGUCGUCCCCAUUGGAGCUCUGUACACACCUUUGAAAGAGAAGAGCGAUGGCACACCACUCUUGCAGUAUGAACCCGUGACGUGCAAGCCGCCAUGUCGAGCAGUGCUCAACCCUUUCUGUCAAGUCGAUAUGCGAGCGCGGAUAUGGAUUUGCCCAUUCUGUCUGCAGCGAAACAAUCUUCCACCUCACUACAAGGAUAUCAGCGAGAACCAGAUUCCUCCCGAGCUCCAUCCCGGGAGCACUACGAUUGAGUACCGACUCGCGAGACCAGCGCCUACCCCGCCAAUCUUUGUCUUCGUCGUUGAUACUUGCCAAGAGGAGGAUUCGCUCAAGGCAUUGAGGGACAGCAUUAUCAACGCCCUUUCUUUCCUGCCUCCGCACUCUUUGGUUGGCUUGAUCACAUACGGUACGAUGACGCAAGUGCACGAGCUCGGCUACACGGAGUGCGGCAAGUCGUAUGUCUUCCGCGGCAAUAAGGAGUACGGCGCAAAGCAGGUGCAGGAGAUGUUGGGUCUGGGAGGCGUACGGCCUGGAAUGCAGCAGAUGCAGCCUCAGCCUGGCCGACCUGCUCCUCCGCCGAUGGGAGGUGCUCAAGCUCGGUUCUUGCUUCCUGUCCAGCAAUGCGAGUUCCAAUUGACCAACGUGCUUGAGGGCUUGCAAAAGGACCCUUGGCCAGUCGCAAAUGACAAGCGUGCUGUGCGCUGCACUGGUGUUGCGCUGUCGGUAGCUGUCGGCCUCCUCGAGACUAGCUUUCAGAACUCUGGUGCUCGUGUGAUGUUGUUCACAGGUGGUCCGGCCACCGAGGGUCCUGGUAUGGUGGUUGGUCCCGAGCUCAAGGAACAGAUGCGAUCUCACCACGACAUUGACCGGGACAACAUCAAGUACUACAAAAAGGCGAUCAAAUUCUACGACCAGCUCGCCAGGCGUGUUGCUCACAACGGACAUAUUGUGGACAUCUUUGCUGGAUGUCUGGACCAGGUCGGUCUGCUGGAGAUGAAGGGCCUUCCCAAUAGUACUGGUGGCCAUAUGAUUCUGACAGACUCUUUUACGUCCUCAAUGUACAAACAAUCGUUCUCGAAGAUCUUCGAUGCAGACGCACAGGGCAACCUGCUCAUGGGAUUCAACGCUUCACUGGAAGUCUUGACGACAAAGGAGCUGAAGGUCACUGGACUCAUCGGACAUGCGAUUUCCCUCAACAAGAAGUCAAGCUCGGUCGGCGAGACAGAAUGCGGCAUUGGCAACACCUGUAGCUGGAAGAUGUGCGGCAUCGAUCCCUCCGCAUCGUACGGCGUCUACUUUGAGAUUGCCGGGCAAGGCGGUCCCGCGGCAGCGGCGAUGCAACAAGGACCCCAGAAGGGUCUCAUCCAGUUCUUGACCUACUAUCAGCACAGUAGCGGUCAGUUCCAUCUUCGGGUGACAACCGUUGGACGAAACAUGAGCGGACCCAGUGGCGAUCCCGCCAUUGCGCAGUCCUUUGACCAGGAAGCCGCAGCCGUUCUCAUGAGCCGCAUUGCUGUCUUCAAGGCCGAAGUCGAUGACGGCCCGGACGUUCUCCGAUGGGUCGAUCGCAUGCUCAUCCGACUCUGCUCGAGAUUUGCCGAAUACCGAAAAGACGACCCGUCGAGUUUCCGCCUGGAGAAGAACUUCACACUCUACCCACAAUUCAUGUUCCACCUGCGAAGAUCACAAUUCUUGCAAGUCUUCAACAACUCGCCGGAUGAGACCGCUUUCUACCGACACGUCCUCAACCACGAGGAUGUAUCCAACUCUCUCAUCAUGAUCCAGCCCACUCUGGAUUCCUACACCUUCGAUCAAGACGGAGCCGUGCCGGUCCUCCUCGACUCGACGUCCAUCCAGCCUCAGACCAUCCUCCUCCUCGACACGUUCUUCCACAUCCUCAUCUUCCACGGCGAGACCAUGGCUGAAUGGCGCAAGGCCGGAUACCAGGAUAUGGAGGGAUACGAGAAUUUCCGAGAGCUGCUUGAUGCGCCGAAGCAAGACGCCAAGGUAAGUAGUCCACCAAUCUACCAUGAUACUGCAGACUCUGACCACCAUGUUUCCAUAGGAACUCAUCCAAGACCGUUUCCCAUUGCCUCGCUUCAUCGUCUGCGAUGCCGGGGGUUCUCAGGCCCGUUUCCUCCUCGCCAAGCUCAACCCUUCGACCACGCAUACUUCAUCCAGCUACGGGGGUGUCAGUCAGACUGCGCAGACGAUAUUCACGGACGAUGUCAGUCUGCAGACGUUUAUGGAUCACCUGAUGAAGCUGGCUGUGAGUGGGACGAGUUGA